UCUUUAUUUACAGCUCAAAAUCUUUAUAUAAAUCCCCUUGACCCUUCCCAACCAUUAGUCACCAUCUCAUACAACUUAAUUAACUCAAUUCAAUUCUUUUGUUCUUCUCUUUCUAGUUCUCUAAUUUUAAGACAGACAAUUCAAUCCUAGCUAGGCCAUAAUAAAAAGAAGGCAGAAUUGAAGAGGGCCUGAAAUGGGGACAUUGGUGGGACACGUGGCACCUGGGUUUGGGUUCUUUAUGAUUGGGCUGUGGCACUUGGUGAACCACAUAAGGGUCCAUGCUAGAAGCCCAAAGGCCUUCACCUCUCUCCCAUGGUUUCCAACUUCAAGAAUCAGACACUUGGAGCUAUUCUUCAUCAUGGGUGCUUGCUUAGCUUCGAUAUCCAUGGAGCUCUUCAUAGGUCCCGAAAAGCACCAACCUUUGGACACGGAUGGGACCAUCCCCUCCGACCACCUCCACAACUUCGAGCACUCAAACAUCUCGUUCACCUUCCUCGUCUACGCGGUCUUCUGCGUAAUCUUGGACAAGGCCACCGCUCCUGCCCGAAACGCUCUUGCCCAGUUCCUCGGGGCAAUCGCUUUCGGGCAGCAGCUUCUGCUCUUCCACCUCCACUCUGCUGACCACAUGGGGGUGGAGGGGCAGUACCACUGGCUUCUCCAAAUUGUCAUCUUUCUGUCCUUAGCCACCACCCUGUUGGGCAUUCCUUACCCACAGAGCUUCUUCAACAGCUUUGUCAGGUCCUACAGUAUAAUCCUCCAAGGGGUUUGGUUCAUGGUGAUGGGGGUCAUGCUGUGGACCCCACAGCUCAUCCCCAAAGGCUGCUUCAUCAACUCUGAGGAAGGGCACCAAGUGGUGAGAUGCCACACCCAAGAAGCUCUCCUACGCGCCAAAUCCAUGGUCAACAUCCAGUUUAGCUGGUACGUUAUUGGGGUCACCAUUUUUACCGUCUCUCUUUACUUGAUUGUUUUCAAGAUAUACCACCAUGAAGAUGAGAAGGUAGGGUACCGAUCAUUGUUAGCAGAGAAGAUGGAUGAAGAAGAUGAUCAUGAAACUGAAGCCGUCGAGGAUGUUGAGUCUCAGAUGAAAGGAAAGGUUGGGAGAAAUGGCGAAAUGAAGACUUUUCUUGAAAUGGGGAACUUAUUUGCUACGUCAGAUAGGGAAAGGUAGAACCACCAUAGACGGCGAUAGGCAAAUACUUAUUUGGCUAUGUACAAAAGUAAGCAAAUUGAACGAAAAAUAAAUGAGCUUUGCAUAUUAGUGGAAGAAAUGGCCCGACUAAUAAGAUUAGGAGUUUUAGGACAGUACAUAAAUAAGAAUAUGCAUAUCUUUUUCUCUAAAAAGUGUAUAUCUUUCACUAAACAAAAGUGUAUAUCUUAUGAGGUUUAGAGAGUAAUACAUGUAUCACUAGUUUAAUACGUGCAAAAGUAUUACAUUUAGGGGGCGUUUGGUAGCAUGUAAAAUAAUUACUUUGCAAGCGAAGUGUAAGGACGUAAAAUGUUUACACUGUUUGGUUUGAUUAUUUAAUGUAAACUCUAG